UUUCUGCAGGAACGCAUUAAGGUUGGUGGAAAAGCCGGUGCCUUGGGCGACACCGUCACUGUCACACGUGACAAGACCAAGAUUACUGUCACUUCCGACAGCACUUUCUCCAAGCGGUACUUGAAGUACCUGACAAAGAAAUAUCUGAAGAAGAAUAAUGUCCGUGAUUGGCUGCGAGUUAUUUCUUCGAACAAGGAUCGAAAUGUUUAUGAGUUGAGGUACUUCAACAUUGCUGAGAAUGAGGCCGAGGAGGAAGAAUGAGAAGCUGGUGUUAGUCUAUCAUCUCUCUUUUUGUAUGAUACUGUUUGAGUGUCUGGGACAUUAUUUACAAUUUUCUGUGGUUCAAAUCUUUUUUACUUUAGCCUGUUUCAAAAGAUAAUGAGGUUGGCUAUGUUGGAGCUUGCUUUGACUGAUAUAUUUUUUUCUUUAAUGCUUGUUGGGUGAGGACAGUCCCAUCAUCAUUGUUAGGGAGAACUUCGACAAACCAAUCCUUUGGUGCAAGUUAUUUUGUAAUCUUC